UUUUCUGCCAGAAGCCGCACAGCUGGCUGCGGUUCCUCCUGGCCAGCAACAUGGCCAAGACCCGUAGCGAUCACCUGCUAAACACCCUGGAGGAGCUGUUGCCCUACGACUUCGAGAAGUUUAAGUUCAAACUACAAAACAGCACCAUGGAGAAGGGCCACUCCAGGAUCCCCCGGAGCCAUAUACAGAUGGCCAGGCCGGUAAAGCUGGCCAGCCUUCUGCUCACCUACUACGGGGAGGAGCAUGCUGUCAGGCUGACCCUGCAGAUCCUGCGGGCCACCAACCAGCGGCUACUAGCGGAGGAGCUUCGCAAGGCCACAGGCCCAGAACAUGUAACUGAAGAAAAUAGAAUUGAUGGUUCUGCCCAGUCUCCUGGAGAGAUUAAGUCCACGAGUGUCCUGGAAGUGGAUGGGACAAGGCAGAGUGAAGAAGGCUUGGACAGCCUGCCGCCCAGCCAGUCUGAAGUGGGGAAGGGACCCCAGAAGAAAUCUCUGGUCCAAAGGAGGGAUCAGAGGGGCCCCGAGAGCCUGGAUUCAAAGACCAGGCCAGGAGCCAGGAGCACGGCCUCGCUCUAUAAGAGAAGCCUGGUCACCCAGUCCCCAGGGGACAAGGAGGACAAGACUGCAGCAAGCGCCCAGCUCCGCAGGAAUGCCAGCUCAGCGGGGAGGCUGCAGGGACUCAGCAACAACAUGCCAGUGAGGAGAGAAAGCAAGAAAGCUGAAGUGUAUUUGCCUUCAGGAAGGAAGCGACCCAAAAGUCUUGAAUUUACCUCCUGUUCAAGAGAAGGCGAACCCCCAAAUUCAGAAACCCUCCUGAGUCAAGAGGAAACAAGCAACGGGAGUCUUCACGCGGCACCUACCCCCAUGAGAGCAGCUAUCUUGAACGGAGGGACGUCUGGGGCUCUAGAAAAGGGCACGGGGAAUCCAGAAUAUUCCACCGUCCUGGAUGAAGAAACAUUCAGGAAACAUUCCAAAACCUCAUUGAUUGGAGAGGAGAGAUGCCCUGUAUCCUGGGAGGAAAGUACAACUGGGAGACAAGAGACCUGCUAUGCAGAACUGUCCUUGUCACUAUGUGAAAAACCAGCCCAAACUCCAGAAGACCCAGCUUCUCAAGGAAGGUCACGGGACAAGGCUGCAUGUCCUCUUUGUCACACCCAGGAAGGGGACCUGCAUGGUGGCACCUGUGUGCAAAGUUCCUGUAGCUGUUCCAUUGCCCCAGGGGAUCCCAAAGCCUCAGGCAGAUGCUCACCAAUAUGCUUCCAAUGCCAAAGAUCACUUUCAGGAAAGAGCUGUGGAGCCCAGAGCCCCCCGCCCCUGCCACAGUGCCCACGCCACAUAAAACAGGUGCAGCUGCUCUUCUGUGAGGACCAUGGGAAGCCCAUUUGCCUCAUCUGCAGGCUGACUCAGGAGCAUCAAGGCCAUCGUGUGCGCCCCAUAGAGGAGGCUGCCCUGGAAUACAAGGAACAGAUCCAGAAACAGCUGGAGCGGCUGAGGGAGCUGAGGGGGAGUGCCGAGGAACGCAGAAAGACAGAGAACUGCCCGAAGCAAACAGAAACCCAGAAGCAGAGGGUUUCCUGUCAGCUUGAGAAGCUGUACCGCUUCCUGGAACAGCAAGAGCAACUCUUUGUGAGCUGGCUGCAGGAGCUAGGCCAGACCAUUGGCAAGGUCCGAGAGACAUAUGACACCCGGGUUUCCCGGGACAUUGCCCUCCUGGACGAGCUGAUUGGAGAACUGGAGGCCAAGCAAGACCAGCCAGAAUGGAAGCUCAUGCAGGACAUCAGAGUCACCUUGCACAGGGCUAAGAUGAUGACUGUCUCUGAGCCGUUGGCCACCCCUGCAGAUGUUAAAGAAAGGAUCUACCUGCUCUACCAGAAGUCAAAGUUUGUGGAGAAGAAUAUGCAGCAUUUCUCAGAAAUGCUGCGCACUGAAAUGGAGACACUCGGUGCUUCAGAUGCAGCCACAUGGGGAGGGCCCUGGCCUGGCAUAAUAAAAGGCCAGGGUUUGACUCCCGAAGGUCACCUAAGAUGUGAUGGUGGAAGCACACAGGACGGCGACAUCGUGCUUUAUGCAGAAGAGAAAGCUGGAGGGUCAGAACCUCAUGAUUACCUUCAGCCUCAGCUGUUUCAAGGCACACCUGAGUUGCAUAUGACCCUAUCUCAGAACAACAAAAGAAAACUUAGAUCUUUCCUGAAAUGGAAACCUUCCUUUUUCCAGAACUGAUUGGUGCUUAGGAACAUGUAG